CGUCCUAGUUUUAUGUGAUACGGUACCAUGAGUUGGCAGGCCACAACCUCGAGGUUGUCAUAGUUCCCUAAUAAAACCACGGUCAAGUUUCCGCGGGCGAGUGAGCCGCAGUGCCAGUCGGAGCCAUUAAAAAAUCGUUAAGCCAUCGUCAAGGCUUUUCUCCGUUCCCAUUGUUGUUUGCCUACUGUUAAUUUAUAGAGACUAUGGGCUUUGGCAUUGUAGCACUUAAAGCGCGGAAACGUUUGUGGGUUUAUGUUUCAUCGAUCCCACAAACAUUGCUGUGGAAAACUGUGAUUGAAUUUAUAUGGCGUGCAAAAACGGUAAAAUGUUCAGCUUUAACAUACUCGUAAACCAUUUUAAACAUGCAUAAACAAUUGUUAUUGUUUUCGCAAAAAUAAUCUGGUUGACUGAAUAAAAUAGUAAUUCGUGACGGUCGAUUGAGACGAUAAACGACAGUCUUAAAUAUUGAAAUUUUCUAUAGGCACAUAAAAGCUCUUUAAUGCUUAUCUCUCAAGACAUCGCAAUGGCAUUCAAUCGCGGAUGUAUUCCCGUCCACUGGUUCAGUAACCGCGACGAGCGACGUCGAAUGGGCGGCGCUCGACAGCCGAUACAUCAGUCGGCUGAUGAUGCGACGCACAAUGCGAUAUCGAUGUCGAUGAGCGAGCGUGCGCAUCACUAGACGGAUUUAAUGCUUGACUAAAACGAUGCAAAUGUAUUUAUUACAUCUAUCAAUAGGGUAUAAAGUCUUAAUAAUAUUUUUAUCUGCAGAAUACCAUAAAAUUUAGCACAGUGAUGAGAAAUUGAGUGUCGGACGUAAAAACAGUGAAUAAAAUAUGUCAACGGAGACGUAAAAUACUAAAAUGCGUUUAGCGCUAGUGUUGUGCCGUGUCACCUGACUGGGUGGCGAGUGUUGCGCGCGCGCAGUGCCGCGUAGUGAUGUGCAGUGACGGUGUCGAUGGACUAGUGAUGCGCAGUGUGUAGUGACCAUGGAAUAUCGGGGACCGCACCCGACGAUGAGCGUCGGGUCGACGUACUUCCCGAAUGCGCCAGCGGUGAGCGCGAACAAAAUAGCGAAGCGAACGGAGCUCGCGCCGAACAAAGGCGGCCCGUUCGCGGCUGCUCUGCGAACGCUCGCCAAGAACGCGGGGCCCGACGCCAAGGACGGCGCCGCCGCCGCCGAGCCGAGCAAAGAGAAGCCGCCGCCCGCCGCCAAGCGUGCCUCGCCGCACCAUCUGCCGUCCAGCGGGUUCCAGCCGUAUAGACCUGAUGAUAGCAGACUGUCGCACCCGGCGGCGGCGUCGUUUCCGCUGCUGGAGCCCACCGCCUACUCGCCCUACCACCCCAGCCUCUACUCCAGCGCAGCGCUGCAGUACAGGCUAGCGGCGGAAGAGCAGAUGUACUUAGAGCGGGUGUUUCGCAGCGGCGUGGGCGUCGGCUGGCUACCGCCCUACGCGCUCUAUCCGCCGUUAGCGCCGCCACUGCCGCUCGUCGGACACCACGCGCCACAUGCACAUGCACAUGCUCACGCGGCCCAUGCCCAUGCGGCGCAUAUGCAUGAACGGGAGAGAGAUAGAGAUGAUAGGGAGAAGGAAAUUGCGUUGCAAAGGGAACGGGAGAGGGAGAGAGAACGGGAACGGGAGAGGGAGAGAGAGCGCGAGCGCGAGCAACGCGAGAAAGAGCAACGCGAGCGCGAGCGGCUCGCGCGCGAGAAAGAGACGCGCACGCGCGAAGCGCUCCGCGACGAGCAGCGAGCACUCGCCGCGCUCGCGCCGCACCUGCCGCACCCCGGCGUGUUCCUGCGCGCGCCGCUGCUGCCGCCGCCGCUGCUGUACCGGCCCUACCGGCCCUACGCGCCCUACCCGCCGCCGCCAGACCCUGCGCCGCCGCCCGUCUCCGCAGGUAGCUAGACCUCUCCGCAGCCGCCCUGCUGUACCGGCCCUACGCGCCCUACCCGCCGCCGCCAGACCCUGCGCCGC